AUGCUCGUGGGCCACGUUACCAACGAGGGUUCCUGCGCCGCGGAGGUCUCGUCUUUCCUUCGUGCCAACUACCCACAUCUCAAAAAAACGCAACUAGAAAAGAUCAAUCAUAAAUACGCGAAUAUAGCUCCCCUUCCUGGCCACGCAGCAUACUUCCCCAGUGCUUCGGCCGCGUACGGUGAUACCACCUUUGCCUGCCCUGCUAACGCCAUAGCCAGCGCCGUAUCCCGCUUUGUUGGCGUUGCUAAGGCGUGGAGUUACCGGUACAACGUGCUCGAUCCUGGAAUCAUAUUCUGGCUACGGGUCUUUGGUCCGGGACAAGCGGGCUGGGCCGCAAGCUCUUACUAUACAAUAAACGCCCCCAUUACGAGUUUUGUGCGAAGCCUGAAUCCGAACACUUAUAAGCGCCAGGGUCGCCAGACUAGGAAACAUGGGAAAUUUGUCGGGUUCACAACUACGGCUGCAGACCAAUAA